AUGAAGCUCAUCCUCCUAGGAGCCGCGCUCCUCGUCGCCGUCUUUGCGGCCGAUGAUGUCCUUGUCUAUGGCGACUCGACAUGGGAGGACGGAAUCAAGGAGCACGAGGUGGCCCUCGUCAAAUUCUACGCUCCGUGGUGCGGACACUGCAAGCGAAUGGCCCCCGAGUACGAGAAGGCCGCCACCAAGCUGAAGACCAACGACCCACCCGUCGCCCUCAUCAAGGUCGACUGCACCGUAGACAAGGCCACCUGCGACAAGUUCGGCGUCUCCGGAUUCCCUACUAUCAAGAUCUUCCGCAACGGAGAGGUCGCCCAGGAUUACGAUGGACCCCGUGAGGCUGACGGCAUCAUCAAGUACAUGCGCGGCCAGACUGGCCCAUCGGCUCGCGAGCUCACCUCGCAGGCCGACUACGACAAGUUCGUGAACCAGGAUGACAACGCUGUUAUCGGUUUCUUCGAGGGUGAGAGCAAGCUGAAGGACUCGUUCCUGAAGGUCGCCGACACCGAGCGUGAUCGUUUCCGUUUCGGAUACACCUCCGUCAAGUCGAUCCUUGAGAAGGCUGGAUACACCGAUGACAUCGUCGUCAUCCCGCCCAAGAAGCUCCAGAACAAAUUUGACUCCAACGAGUUCAAGUACGAUGGCAACUACGACACCGACAAGAUCAAGAACUUCCUCGUCCACGAGACUAACGGUCUGGCUGGCGUGCGCACCCAGGGCAACCUCUUCCAAUUCGAGGCCAAGCCUUUGGUCACCGUCUACUACAACGUUGACUACGUCAAGGACCCGAAGGGAUCCAACUACUGGCGCAACCGUGUCCUCAAGGUCGCCCAGGAUUACAAGCGCAAGGUUCACUUCGCCGUGUCCAACAAGGAAGAGUUCUCGUCCGAGAUUGAUGAGCACGGUCUUGGAGAUCGCAAGGAUUCCGACAAGCCCCUCGUUGCUGCCCAGACCCUCGAUGGCAAAUUCCCCAUGGACAAGCCCUUCAGCAUUGAGAACCUGAAGGCCUUCGUCGACGAUCUUCUGGCCGGAAAGCUCGAGGCCUACAUGAAGUCCGAGCCGGUGCCCGCCAACGACGAGAAUCUGAAGGUUGCCGUCGGGCGCAACUUCAAGGAGCUCGUCACCGACGCCGACCAGGACGUGCUCAUCGAGUUCUACGCCCCGUGGUGCGGCCACUGCAAGACGCUCGCCCCGAAAUACGAGGAGCUGGCCGACAAGCUCGCCGACGAGGAUGUGCUCAUUGUCAAGAUGGACGCCACCGCUAACGAUGUCCCACCACUCUUCCAAGUCAAGGGAUUCCCCACGCUGUUCUGGCUGCCGAAGAACGCCAAGCAGAAUCCGGUGCCGUACAACGGAGGUCGCGAAGUCAAGGACUUUGUCAAGUUCAUCGCCGCCCACUCGACCGACGGCCUCAAGGGGUACGACAAGAACGGCAAGAAGGUGAAGAAGACCGAGUUG